AGAAUUAGGUACUUAUAGUCUUUAAUUCAGUUGAAGAAUGGUUUUAUUCAUCAUUAUCUGUAUUGUGAUAGCAAUAUUUUCAUUCAAUAAAUUGACAUGCAAGUGGUGUUCGAGCAAAGUGUGCUUAGUUGGUAAAACGGCAAUUAUAACAGGGGGUAAUUCGGGUAUUGGCUACCAAGUCGCCCUUUCCCUUGCUUCAAGAGGCUGCCGUAUCAUCAUUGCUGAUAAAGAUGACGCUUCUGGUUCCAGAGACAAAAUCAUCAGUCAGUCAAACAACCAGAAUGUCAUUGUCAAAAAAUUAGAUUUGGCUUCCUUGGAUUCCGUCAGGAGUUUUGCUAAGAAUAUAGUGGAAACAGAGCCCCAGAUCAAUAUAUUGAUAAACAACGCGGGUAUCGGAACGAUAGCGUUGAAUUAUACUGCUGAUGGGUUGCAGAAAACCAUGCAAGUGAAUUAUUUUGGACAUUUCUUGCUUACAUAUUUACUUGUAGAUUUGAUGAAAAAAUCAGCGCCAAGUCGGAUAAUCUUCACCAGCUCCAUAGCAGCCUUCCUUACCAGAGUAGACCCCGAAAAUCUGAAUCCAUUGCCUAGCUACUCCCAGAAUCAACAAGUCUAUCCCAAUUCCAAGCUGUGUUUGAUGAUCGCUGCAAAAGUCUUCGCCAAAAAAUUGAAAGGCACCGGAGUUACGGUGAACAGCCUACAUCCUGGAGGAGCUAGAUCCGGAAUAUUUUCCAAGGCCUUCAAGGAGGAAAGGUCCUUGUAUCCUCUCAUAGCGGGACUGCUUACUUUACCCUUUGGAAAGAAUACUGAAGAAGCAGCACAGACCACUAUUCAUCUAGCUUGUGACCAGAAAGUGGUGGCUGAUACCGGAUCCUUCUUCAUGGAAUGUAGAAAAUUUGUUCAACCCUACCAAACUUACAACAUAGAUUUAUGCAACAGAGUGUUCGAGAAUACUAAAGCAUUAGUGAAGUUAGAACCCAGUGAAUGUGUUAUUUGAUUUUAUUUUAUCGUGAUAAUUGUUUUCAGUAGGUAUCCAAAUACCCUUUCGUUUUCUAGUGGUUACGCUUUGGGCGUUUCAGUAACGUUUCCAGUUUUCAAGAGAGCUUUUUUUUUGUCGAAGUGAACUCAACAUGUAUCAAUAAGAAUUCUCGUCCUACCUUUUCACAAAAGAAUAAACAAUUGAUUUCUACUACUUAGGCAGAUGGGAUCCUGCAUUGUCGUUUUAGAUAAAGGUGAUAACGUGCAGAAGCUUGAGGAAUUCUUAAGCACUGGUUUUCGUUUACUUAACGAAGACCCCACCAAAAAUAUCUAUCUUGUUUGAAAUUGGCUCUUGAUAGCUCCAUAGACACUCUUAAUUUUUUCCAGACUAACAAAUAUAGCUAAUACUCUAUGAAUUCCUUCAUUCCCCCACUCUAUGGACUUCCUAAAAUCCAUAAGGCCCUGAUCCCUAUCAGACCGGUUGUUUCCUUUGUCAACUCACCAGCCAGUCUACUAGCUUCUUGGUUGAAUAACAUUCUCAAGGAUCUUCUUGAUUUCAGAAAUACUUAUUCAUUCAAAAAUUCAUUUGAUUUAACUAACAAAAUUAAAAAAAUUGUAGUUCCACCUGACUCCAUAUUAGUUUCCUUCGAUGUCUCAAAUCUUUUCCCCAGCAUCCCACCAGACCAAUGUAUCCAACUAGUGAGGGACAUUUUACUUCAGUGUGGCAUUCUUAUUCAACAUACACUCAAUUUAUGCACAUUACUUAGCAUUGUCCUUGAACAGAAUUUCUUCAAGUUCAAUGACAAAAUUUAUAGUCAAACAGAAGGUCUAGCUAUGGGUUGUAAUUUAUCCCCCCUACUUGCCGAAAUUUUCAUGAGCAAUCUAGAAAAAGAAUUUCACAAGAACCCUAUUUUUCAAAAUAAUGUUAAGUUCUAUUAAAUAUAUGUUGAUGAUUCCAUAGUUUUGUUUGAUGGCGAUGGUACUAUGCUUAAUUACGAGUCCGUAGGACGAGUAAUUUUUUCUGGCAGUUUUUUGAGUUGAAUUACCUAAUGGCAACAAAAUUCGAAUUAUAAAUGCCAAGUUUACUUCGACUAACAGAAAAAAAGCUAGAGUGUAAAUCGGAAAGACAAUUUAAUUCAUCAAACAUUUUGUUUAUGGCUGGUUGUCAUGCAUUCGAAAGUUAGGUUCCGUUAUUGUCGCUGGAAAAGUUAGGGCAAACUUUUUUCGCUGUCAUAAUGACAAAACCACGUGAAUUGUGGGAUUUUUCAUACAUGAAUUGAAUUGUCAUAUAUAAUACCACAAGUGAUAAUAUUCGGUGAUUGUUACGACAGCUUGUUGCCUAGUAAUUUCGUGAAUGACAUUAUUAUCAAAACUACGAGCCGUAGGCGAGUAGUUUUGGAUCAAUGUCAUGAGCGAAAUUAGAGCAGCAAGCUGGAGUAUGCUGUCAAUUAACGAAUAUUUCCAGGAAAAAUAGUAUCACGAGUUGUAUUCGUAUGAAUAUUUCAUGAUUGAAUGAAACAAUAUAUAUAAGAAAUAGGAAAUAUAAUUUAAGUAUAUUCCAACUCAAACUGCGAAGAAGAACAUGAUGAUAGUUAUGAAAUACAGAAUCCACUUUUUUAGAAAUGAACUACCUACUUAUAGUUAUUCACAAAGGGGAAUGUACAAUUUUGAUAAACAGUAUUUUUUUAUUAUGGUUGCUCUCAAAAAGUGUAUACAAUUGCUAUCCAAUUCGAACGAAAUAAAUUGAAUUUACCUGACAUGGAAUAAUUAAAAAAAAAG